AUGCUCAAUGCGCGCAUCAUGUUCAGCUGCAUUCAGAAGCUGAUCAGCUAUCAGCACGAGGAGUACGUGGAGGUACUGUGUGCCCUCAUCACCAACAUCGGCGGCAAGCUCUCCAGUGCAUUCAAGAACAAGCCCGGCAAGCAGAAGACCUUUGACGACAUCUUCGCCAAGCUGACGGCCAUUCAGCGGCAGGAGGAGGGCGCGCUGAAGGUCAACUUGCACAUUCGCUUCACCAUCCUCGACCUGCUCGACUUGCGGAAGAACAACUGGAUCAGCCGGCGAGAGGUGCAGGGCCCGAAGACCAUUGCUUAA